GUAUAACCACACACGUAAGGAUCAAAGUAAUAUUAUUUCGAAAAUUGGAAAUAUUUAACUUUUUUGCUGAAAAGGGUUGUUUGGAUUUUGACCUCACUGACAUCACAGAAUGUCACAAUUUGAUGCCCUCCUCGACUUUGGGGAUUCAACCCCUACAGCAAAUGGAACUGUUCAGAAGACAGAUGACUUUGAUCCUUUCCAAGCCAGCCCAACCAUUGACAUGAAGGGAGCCACAAGCGGAGACCUAUUGGGAGAUUUUUCUUUUGAUGGCCAGGUCUCACAAAGCAACGGAACACAUAAUAAUGAAACAGAUGUGUUGACAGGAUUCAGCUCCCCAUCCAACAAUAUAAACCCACUGUACGACCUUAUUAACACAGACUUGGAGCCUGACGUAACACCUGCCAGUGAUAGCAGUGUUGCACCUUCAUCAAACCCAUUGUACGAAAUGUCUACAGAUUACGAGGAAACACAGAAGCCCGACAUGGCUUCCUCCGAUAAUCCAAUGUAUGGAUAUUUAUCUAGUGAGGAAAAUACAAAUGGAUCCCCUUCUGAGGAUUUAAUGGGAACCAGUGCCACGGUAACUAGUGAUGAUUCUGGAGUUACCAUGGAAACUGCCCAAACCAGUGAGGAGGAGUUAAUAAUGGUAAGUGGUGAAAAGUCGGUGGUAGAAAAUGGUGAAAAAAAUUGUGAAAAUGUAAAUGUUGUCAAUGGUGACACUUCCUCUUAUCAGGAGGAAGUGGUGUGUGAUCAAGGGGAGAUAAUAGAGAAUGACGUUCUGGAGGAGGUUACUCCUCAAGAGGAUGUAGCAACUUUACAAAGUGUUGGCCAGGAGGCUCCAGAAGAAGGUGUAGGUAAUAGUGCUGAAUCUUCAGGAGAACUGGAAGAAAAGCCUCUUAAUGAAGAGCAAGGAGAGGAAAUUGUGGAAGAGAUAUCUAUGGAUGCCUUCAUGCAGAGUUCUCAAACUGAGGCUGGUGAACAAGAACCAGAGGAAGAUCGCAAUCAGGUGGAAGAGGUAGAUAUUCCAGAGAAAGAAGAUCAAGUCAUUGAACCUGUGCAGACUGAAGUAAUAGAAACCCAACCAGAACUGGUUCAGACUGAGGAACCUCAAGUACCAGAGCCUGUUUCUGAACCAGAAGUUUGCCUUGAACCAGAACCAGUUGAAAAUGAGCCUGAACAAGAGGAAAGAUAUAUAGAGGAGGAAGUCAUUCAAGGAGUACAGGAGGAUGUUCUUAAUGUGGCACCACAAGUUCAGGAAGAAGAGGAGACAACACAAAUUCAAGAGGAGGAACGGCAACCACAACCUCAGGAGGAAGAGGUACCACAAAUUACGGAGGAGGAAGUGGCACCACAACCUCAGGAGGAAGAGGUACCACAAAUUAUGGAGGAGGAAGUGCCACCACAACCUCAGGAGGAAGAAGUAGCACCACAACCUCAGGAGGAAGAGGUACCACAAUUUACAGAGGAGGAAGUAGCACCACAACCUCAGGAGGAAGAGGUAACACAAAUUACAGAGGAGGAAGUGGCACCACAACCUCAGGAGGAAGAAGUAGCACCACAACCUCAGGAGGAAGAAGUAGCCCCACAACCUGAACAGGAGGAAAUGGCACCACAGGAAGUUCAAAGUGUGACAGAGGACCAACAGGAAAUUGACCAGGAGGUUGUUACUGAACAAAAGGAUAAUAAGACUGUGACGACCAAGACACAGGAAACGACCACGACCAAACAAGAAGAUUCCGGACCAGCUGUCACCACAACUUCCAAAUCCAGCAGUGAGGUGGUAGAAAAUGGCCUCAAUGAUGCUAAGGAAAACCAAGAGGAGAUUCGUUUUGAUGAUAUGGCCGACAUAAAGAACAAAUUUGAGGCUGGAGACAAUCAAGUGAUAACUUCUUCUGGAAAGGUUAAUGUCCAUGAAGAAAUUCUAAAUGUCCAGAGUGGUGAGUUCGAAAAUGAGCCAGAAAAGUUUGAACAGUGGCAAAACCAGACUGAAGGUGGAGUCUAUGAGAACCAGCCCCAAGAAAAUCCGGAUGUCUUUAAGGAAAGCCAAAAGAAUGUUGGAGAGGAACUUCCAGAGGUCGGUAUGGCAAAGAAUGUCCUGGAAAAAUUCAAAAAAAUACAAGAAGAUGGAUAUACUCCUGAAAAAAAGAAGGAACCGACCCCAGACAAAUCUGUGAAGUACGAAUAUGUCAGUGAGCCGAGGUCAGUCAUGGAGAAGCCGAAAGAAGUGGUGGAAGCUGGUGUUUUUGAGAGUCAGCCAACAGAGCCAGAAGAUAUUGUUCGUUCUACAGAUCACUUAGAAGAAGCUCUUCCAGAGCAGGGUUCUGCUAAAAAUUUAUUGGCUAAAUUUAAAAAGAUUGAAAAUGAAGUUGGCAAUAGACCACCACCUUCUCCAGGACAAAGGGAAUUGACCCCAGACAGAAACACGAAGGGAGAAUAUGUGAGCGAACCAAGGACACAAUUCCAACAAUAUCAAGGAAAGGUUGAGUCUGGAGAAUUUGAAAGUCAUCCCGAGGAAGUCGAGGAUAUAGUCAAGUCUGGAAAUUCCAUACAAGAAGUUCUUCCUGAAAAGGGCACAGCAGUCAAUUUGGUUUCUAAAUUCAAACAAUACCAGUCUGAAUCAUCUUCUCCUCCCUCACCCCGACAAAAGAAAGAGCUCACACCAGACCGCUCAGGAAAGGUGGAAUAUGUGAGUGAACCUAGGGGACAGAUUGAAGUCUAUGAAGGGAAAUCAGAGGCAGGAAUUUUUGAAAGUAGUCCAGUUGACCAACCAGAAAUUGUAAAAUCUGGAGACUUCCAGCCUGAACUACUGCCAGAAGAAGGAUAUGCCAAAAAUGUUGCUGCUAGGUUCAAAGAAUUGGAAAAAUCUGGUGGCUCCUCGCCAACUGGUACUCCUCAACGACACAAGGAGUUCACUCCACCUCGAGAAGAUACUAACCAGACUGUAGCAGGAGUCUUGGAAAACCAACCCGAAUCCUUGGAUAUAGCCAGAGAAAGUGAUUCACGAUUUAAAGAAGAUGAAUUACCUGAGAGAGGUAUGGCGAAAAACGUACUCAACAGAUUUAAGGAGAUUCAAGCAAAUUCACCAACAAGUCCCCGUAACAAGAAGGAAUUCACACCACCCCCAGACCAUGCUUCAGGCGUAUUUGAGAACAAACCUGCCCCUUCUCUAGAAAUAGAUGUUAGACAGGCUGAAAGUGGUAUUCUGGAGAGCUCGCCAGUACACAGAGAAGAUGUUGCUAAAGAACAUGUACAAGCUGAAGAAACUGUUCCCGAACAAGGAUAUGCCAAGAACAUGGUCAAUCGAUGGAAGCAGAUGGAAACAGAGAGUGCCAAAUCAUCACCAUCUCCAAAAUACAAAGAAUUCACGCCCCCUAGAGACAACCUGAUGAGUCCAAAGUCCCCUGCAGGUCUGAACAGCAGUGUGAACCCUAAUGAUCUGCCUGGUCAGUAUCAGGAGCAGGUAUCCGCAGGCAUCUAUGAAAACACGCCAGAACAAAAGGAAGGCAUCUUCCGGGAGGCUGACACCGACUACGAAGCAGGACUUCCUGCCAAAGACACCACCAGGGCGCUACUACAGAGGUUUAAUUCGAUACAGAGUCAGGCCAAGGAGGCACAGGAAACUCCCAAACCUAUCUCCAGAAAAGUCAAAAAACAUGUCAGUGAAUGAGGGAGUGAUUUUCUGUACUCCGCACUUCAAACAGCUGUUUGCCAGACGAGGGAAUUACGAUGAGGGAUUCGGGAGAAAGCAGU